UCUUGGGUGAAAAGGUCAGAGGGUCCCUGUGUGGCCCUGACUGCAGCUCCAGGAUCAUCCUCACCUUGAACCUGCCCUGCUUGCGAUCCACCUCUAACCAUGACAACCAAAUCCACCAGCAGUGUUCUGGGUGGGAAGGCUUCUUCUUCUCCUCUCUUGUCUUCUCCACCUCACCAGCGCCUGGUCACCAAAGAUGGACACUGUUCUCUUAGUCCUCCUCUGUGUCCCUCUGGUUCAUGGUGUGGGGCCUCCGGCAGAGCUUGGCUGCUGGCCUUGCAGGACUUGUGGGGACUGUUGGUGGGUCUGCGAUGGAGAUGGGUUCUACUGGCCUUCUGUGCCUCCUUCCUCGCCCACUGGCUGCUGUUUGCCUGCCUGUGGUACUUGCUGGCUCACCUCAAUGGAGACCUGGCAGUAAAGGAUCAUGAUGCCCCUCCCCAGGGGCAUGUGGUUUGUGUGAAACACAUAACCAGCUUCACUGCUGCCUUUUCAUUCUCCUUGGAGACACAGCUGACCAUUGGAUAUGGCACCAUGUUCCCCAGUGGGGACUGUCCUAGUGCUAUUGCACUGCUGGCUGUUCAGAUGCUGCUGGGGCUCAUGCUGGAAGCUUUCAUCACAGGUGCAUUUGUAGCCAAGAUCGCACGUCCCCAGAAGCGGGCAGGAGCCAUCCAGUUCAGUCCGUACGCAGUGGUGGGACAACAUCAGGGCCAGAAGUGCCUCAUGCUGCGAGCCACCAACCUGCUGCAGCGACCCCUGGUGGAUGUGAAGGUGAGUGCCGUUCUCUACGAGGAGCAUGACGGUCAGGCCCUCCACCAGACUUCUUUGGACUUCCGCUUGGAUAAUCUGGGGCAGCAGCCUUGUCCUUUGUUCAUCUUCCCACUCACCUUUUACCACCCACUGGACUGCAGCAGCCCCCUCUACCCUGCCCUGUGCGAGGGCACGUCCACCCACUUUGAGCUGGUGGUCUUCCUCUCGGCCUUGCAAGAGGGAACUGGUGACUCGUGUCAGAAGAGAACCUCCUACCUGCGCCAAGAGAUACAAUUUGACCGCUGCUUCGUGCCGGCGUUGCUGCUGGAUGCUCGGGGGAGGUACAUGUUGAGCACCCAGCAAUUUGACACGAGCCACUCGAAGGAGCCGUUGAACAAGGAUUGUGUCGUGCAGAUCAACGGAGAUGGAAGCGACAGGAUGGAGUAAAGAUGCUGUAGGGGAGGUCUCAAUAGGACAGGCGGUCGUGUCAGUGGGGCAUCUGGGGAGGGUAACAGUGGGCCGGGUGUCUCUGUCAUGAACUUCUUUAUUUUAAUGAAUAGAUCUGAAUUUGUUUUGAAAGGAAAAUGUAUCACAGACGUGGGUGCUGCUGUCAUUUCCCUCACUCUGAGGCCUUAAAGCAACUCCCAGAUUAAUGAUCCUCCACUGGCUUCCUACUAAUUUACUUCCAUAGGAGUGGCCAGUAGAGGGCACCACUUUCAGAAGGUCAGCAUGAACAAACACUGUUGCAAAAUUGAUUGAAUUUUUAUUUUGUACUACUUUUAUGUGUUAAAUAACAUUAUGACAAGACACCACAUUAAUAGUAAAGAUGUCAGAACAUGGCUGUAUCACUAAAAACAGUGUGAUCAGAUGAUAACUGCUGAUAAAUAAUAAUAAAACACCUCCAGACCUCAUUGAAAUGUGAAAAUACUGUACAAUAAUCUGUUGUCAACUCAACAGUUUAACAAUAAUAAAAAAAAAUCAUAAUUAA